AUGCAAGAAUUGAAAGUCUAUGCCAGGGGUAGUAAGAGGAACUCUUUUGUGGAGUCGUUACAGGAGCAUGGUGGGCUUUUCAAGAAUUUACAUUCGAUUAUAGGGCUUGGGAAGAGAAAGAAACAUAAAGAAACUUCGGGUGAAAGUGCUCUAGAUGGGGGUGCUGGGAAGGCAGAAAGACCUCUACUUCGUAAUCAAUACUUGGAAGACGAUUUCGAACUGAAUCGGGGCCCUGAGAAUAGCCUAGCACCUGUCGAGUCCAUGGACUCUGCAACAUCAGGCGAUGAAGAAGACGAUUCCUGUGCAUCGCCUGUCGUGAGUACUUUCAGGCUUACUCUUGGACAGGAUGGUUCGAAAGCUCCGAAAAAGAUAAGCCCUGUCAGCGUUUACACGACGAAGUAUAAAUGCGGUGCGGUCCAGGCACUUUCAGGCCCCAACCAGCGCACCGUAUCUUCAAUGACCCUUGUCAAGGAGGAUGAACUUCUAGUUGCCAAGUCCCUAUAUUCAACUAGACAAUCAGGAACUUUUAAAAGGGAGGGAAUGGCUCCCGCGUCGGUCAAAAAUAAGCUGCGCAGGACUCACUCCAUGUAUGCUUCGAAAAAGGAAGUGUCUACGAAACGUGGAGGUAUGACUCCUGAAUCUUCUCAACAGCUUGAGGAUCGUGGCAACACUGGUGGUUGCACCUACGAUUCAAUGCUAGAGGAUAGUGGCAUUGCGCAUUACUUCGUUGACACGACUGAUGACAAUCUACCGAGAAUUGAUGUAGAAACCUUAAUCAAUGUGUUGGAUGGCAAAUAUUCUCAAAACUUUGAAAAGAUUUACAUCGUUGACUGCCGAUUCGAAUACGAAUUUCAAGGUGGACACAUUGACAAUGCAUUAAAUAUCUCCUCUCAAAAGGCCCUAGAGCAGGAAUUCAUUCAUAACAGAGAAGAUAAGUGCAACAAGAAAAAGCCUCCGCUGGUAAUCUUCCAUUGCGAGUUCAGUUCAUACAGGGGUCCCGUAAUGGCGUCUCAUUUGCGUAAUUGCGAUCGGGUUCUUAACUACGAGAACUAUCCCAAAUUGCACUAUCCAGACAUUUUAGUGCUAAACGGCGGUUACAAGUCAUUUUUCGAGAAAUUUAGUCACAGAUGUUUCCCCCGUUGUUAUGUGGGCAUGGACUCGCAAGAUCACCUCGAGAAAUGUGAGUCUGAAAUGGAAAGGUUUCGGAAAGAUGUCAAACGUGUGGUGACCAGAUCCAACUCUUUUCAUGUUUUCAAAGUAGGGAGAGAAAAGCCUGUGGAGUCUACAAAGAAUGUUUCUUUGGCAGCUAGGUCCUCUUCUAACAAAAACCAUCCGACGUUUUGGUAUGAUGCGCCUCCAAAAUUGACGUUGUCGGAAUAUUCCUACAACGGAAGUACUGGAAGUCCCUCUAGCGCGUAUAGUAGCAGCAACAGCAGUCGACUAAUGUUUUUGGAUCAAAAUUCAGUCGACGGUAGCAUUGAUGAGACAGAUCAUUCACUUUCAUUUGAGACUCUCAAAAGGUCACUUUUCAAGCCGAUAGUAACAGAAGAGGAAGACCUCAUAGAAGAGACAACAUUCCAUUGA